CGCCACCGCUGCCGCCGCCGCCGCUGCCUCCGCCCGCCGGCCAUGUCCUCCGGCCGCCGCCGCCGCCGCGCUCCCGCGGCGCUCCCGCGGCCUGGCGCGUAGUGAGCGCGGGCCUGUGUUGCUGUUCGCCCGCCCCGGGGCCCCCUUGUUCUCCGCGCCGCCGCCGCCGCCGCCAUGUUGGGUUUGGAGCCGCAGCGGAGCCGCCGCCGCCGCCGCCGGUGAGAGAGGCCGAGAGCGGAGCCCGCCCCGCCCCGGGGCCCAGGGAGCGGGGUCGCCUCGGAGCCGGGCCUCUCCCUGUCUGCCGCCUUCCCGGUGCCGCCUGCCCGCCGUGCGAGCCGGCCAGCGAGCGAGCAGCGCCGGGCCCCGGCCGCGCCUUCCGCUCCCGGCCCGAGCGAGCUCGCCGCCGCCGGGCCCGGCCACAGCCUGCAGCGGAGCCCUCGCGAGUCAGCGCCAUGGCGGAGCAGACUUACUCGUGGGCCUAUUCCCUGGUGGAUUCCAGUCAAGUGUCCACGUUUCUGAUAUCCAUUCUUCUGAUAGUCUACGGUAGUUUCAGGUCUCUUAAUAUGGACUUUGAAAAUCAAGAUAAAGAGAAAGACAGUAACAGUUCUUCUGGGUCUUUUAAUGGCAACAGCACCAACAAUAGUAUCCAAACCAUCGACUCUACCCAGGCUCUGUUCCUUCCAAUUGGAGCAUCUGUGUCUCUUCUAGUAAUGUUCUUCUUCUUUGACUCAGUUCAAGUAGUUUUUACAAUAUGUACAGCAGUUCUUGCAACGAUCGCUUUUGCUUUUCUUCUGCUCCCAAUGUGCCAGUAUUUAACAAGACCCUGCUCACCACAGAACAAGAUUUCCUUCGGUUGCUGUGGGCGUUUCACUGCUGCUGAGCUGCUGUCGUUUUCCCUGUCCGUCAUGCUCGUCCUCAUCUGGGUCCUCACUGGCCAUUGGCUUCUCAUGGAUGCUCUGGCCAUGGGUCUCUGUGUCGCCAUGAUCGCCUUCGUCCGCCUGCCGAGCCUCAAGGUCUCCUGCCUGCUUCUCUCAGGGCUUCUCAUCUAUGAUGUGUUUUGGGUGUUUUUCUCAGCCUAUAUCUUCAAUAGCAACGUCAUGGUGAAGGUGGCCACGCAGCCAGCCGACAAUCCUCUUGACGUUCUAUCCCGGAAGCUGCAUCUGGGGCCCAACGUUGGGCGUGAUGUCCCUCGCCUGUCUUUGCCUGGAAAACUGGUCUUCCCAAGAGAGAGACGCGACUGCUGCUCUAACCUGCGGCCCGCACUGCAGCUCCACAGGCAGUCACUUCUCCAUGUUGGGCAUCGGCGACAUCGUGAUGCCAGGCCUCCUGCUCUGCUUCGUCCUCCGCUACGACAACUACAAGAAGCAGGCGAGCGGCGACUCCUGCAGCGCGGCGGGACCCGCCAACAUCUCCGGGCGCAUGCAGAAGGUCUCCUACUUCCACUGCACCCUCAUCGGCUACUUUGUAGGUCUGCUCACCGCCACGGUGGCGUCUCGCAUUCACCGAGCCGCGCAGCCCGCCCUCCUCUACCUGGUGCCCUUUACCCUCCUGCCGCUGCUCACCAUGGCCUACUUGAAGGGUGACCUCCGGCGGAUGUGGUCUGAGCCAUUCCACUCCAAGUCCAGCAGCUCACGCUUCCUGGAAGUAUGAUGGGUCGCAGAGAAGUUGACCAGAUGGCCACCCUAGUCCUUUUCUCAGCGUGUGGUUUUGUCUCCUCUUAGAGCUGGCCUGGUACUCAGACACGCCUGCUUCAGGAACUGACAGGCCUGGCUUUCGCACUGAAAGGAGCCCGGCGGCUGGGGAGAGGGGGAGCCCGCCGGGCUGCUCUUCCUGCCGCCGAGAGGCAGAGCCCUGCGGGAGCCACAGGCCCUCCCAGCGCUCCCCACCCCCCUUUUUACGGAUCUGCACCAGACUUACCUUGUGGGGGAGCCGAGAGUUGACUCUAAAAACCGGACACGGCGUGGCGUCGUUCUGGAACUUGCGAACACUACAGAUGGAGAGCGAGCAGACCGAAGCUGCUUCAGGGACCAGCUUCCUGUGGGGACUCCGUUUCAGAGACCUAGACAGAAGCUCUGCUGUCGUUAUAUUCUACUUUUCCUUUUUUUGGAUUUAUUAAAUAUUCUCUGUGGUGUGAAGUGACUUAUUAAAUCCACAGAUGUUGAGUGACUUCUUACAGCAUAUGCAGAAACGUGUUGUAACGAGUUCACGUCCACCCAGAUGUCGUGUUGGCAGUGAACAGGGCACGGUUUUUAUACAGACCUAUAUAUACACGCGCAUAGAUAGCUAGGAGCAUGCCGAGCCGUCCCCGCGUCCCCGCCGCCGGCCUGCCCUGGACUGACUCGGGACCCCAGGGACUCUCCCAUGGCUCCGGUCAGCGUAGCAGAUUAGGGAUGAGACGUUCAGCUGCCUGCCCGCCUCCCCUUGUUUUCUUUCACAGCUUCUCCUCGCAGGGUUUUAAGUAGUUUUCUUCUUGAACCAAUGCAUGUACGAUAGCAGCAGGUGUCUUUGUGCUUCUGAUCAUAGUAAUGUACUACUUGUAAAUACAUUUUUCUAUUUUAUAUUUUUUUGUAUUUUUUUUGGCAUUUUGUUUCAUUGGUGUGCUGUAUUUUCCAUGCCCUCACUCCUUUAAGAAGGAAAAAAAAAGGAAAAAAGCAACGCAGUCCUGUCCGUGCUGUGGUUCUGGUCGUGGUUUACCUGUGGUGACGGCGGGUUCGGGAGCACCUGCCAUGCCUUCUCCCCUGCUCCGUCCCGGGGUCGUGGCGAGCCCAGCGGCACCAUGGCAGCCCCCGGCCUGGCAGCCGGACACCGGAAGUGACCUGAGGACACUGGACAGCAGAGGCAGAAGGGUCCGCGUGUCUCCCCAGUGUCCCCGCCCGGCGGCCGCUCCCAGCCUGACGCGUGGUGUCGCCAGCGGAGCCGGAUGCCGUCAGGGUGUUCGAUUCCUUUGUUGUCGCCUUCAAAUCCUGCUGAGGGUUUGGGUUUUUUGUUUUUUGUUUUUUUAAAUAAAAGACUCCUUGCAGCCUU